UCAGUCUGGGCUGAGCUGCUGAUGUAUCCCAGCAGCCCCUGCCUAUAGCAGCAGGAGACCUUAGUAUAAAAAGCAACAAGCCCAGGGAAGCCUCCAAAGUGUUUCUCAGCUGCAGCAUGACCAGGACCAAGAGCCUGAGAGUGUGGACCUAACAAAACAAUGCCAAGCUUAAUUAUCGACCCACCCUCACAGCACUUCAUUAUGGACAGAGAUGACAGGAAGCGAAACAAGAACAUCGGAAAGAACUUUAUGUGCCGGCUCCAGUGCAUGUUCUCACACUCAUCAAGUUCUGAGAGCAGGCUAACUUUAGAAGAUACCCAACAAUGGUCACAGUCUUUGGAAAGGCUUCUGGAUUCUAAAUACGGAUUAGCUGCUUUUCGCAACUUUCUGAAAUCUGAAUACAGCGAUGAGAAUAUUGAGUUUUGGCUCACCUGUGAGGACUACAAGAAGAUCAAGUCUUCGUUCCGAAUGGCGUCAAAAGCCAAGAAAAUUUAUGAACAAUUUAUCAAAGCUGAAUCUCCUAAAGAGAUCAACAUUGAUUAUCACACUCGAGAGCAGAUCAAAAGAAGCAUCAAGAGUCCCACCAUAUACUGUUUUGAUGACGCUCAGAAAAUCGUUUAUGGGUUGAUGGAAAGAGACUCGUACCCACGGUUUCUACGCUCAGACAUUUACAGAACUCUCCUCGAAAACCUUUCUGCUGAUGCCACAAAAGGAUGAAAGCAAGAACACACCAAUGGACAUACAACUCAUGACUGGAAUGCUGGACUCUAUUCAGCAGGGAGGACUGAUAUAGUCGAAAGGAAGAUGAUCAAUAAGCAUGCCUCAGACAAAAAAGGAAGCAUUGAAGUCGUCACUGGGCCCUCAACUCUGCCCUGGUCCAGUCAUGAAAGGAUUCCCACACGGAGCACUAUGCACCUAUUGAAUGUGAAAGCAGACAACUAAAUAACCACACCACCAGUCCUAAAGAAAAUGUAGUAUGUGAUUUGUUGGGAUCCAACUGAGUCGUUGAUGCUUUUGGCUGAAACGCAGUGACUGACACAUGCUCUGGUCAAUGAGCUAAGAACAACACACACACACACACACACACCAGUGACGUGCGGUGAGGUUCACGAUUGGUGAGGCACUGACUACAGUCACGUGACGUCUGGAGCGCUACGAAGCUCAAUUCAACACUGGCACAUGCUGGUUGUGGCACCGUACGUACCAGACUCCACUGUGCACUUUUAGUGGCUUUUCUGGUCGAUAAGAAAGGCUAAAUGUCACACACUUUCAUUAAAUAUAUUAGACAGUCUGUUAAACAUCAGCAAGUGCAGUACAUGUGUGAUAAAAUGUAUAUUCUUGGCGAUACAAUGAGGAAACACCAAUGUCUCUUGUGUGAAGCGAUCGACCAAUCACUGCCUGCCUGAAUGGAUGUGUGCGUGGUCUCUUGAAGCAUGGGAGUGAUGACUCAACGUGGCUCGUAGCUGUGCGUCCUAUGCAUUUGAACAGGAAAUAUGAAACCAGCUAUUUUAAUGAUGAAAUCAUUGAAAUUAUUGAAUUGAAAAAGAAAAUCAAUGUAAAGCACGGACCAUGAAACUAAAAUGAAACAAUUGAAUGUAAUCAUAAGGUUCUUUUUUACUAUUCCCAUGCAGUGGAAAGGAAAGACCACCAGGGGGCAGUGAGGCUCUGCCUCACUUGCCUACCCUGACCGCACGUCACUGACACACACACACGCACACACACAAAGACCGGACCUCAACUCCCCUUGUUUGCAAAGAUGGUUCCUUUGGAGCUAAGGAUUAAGCAUGCAACACAGAAGUCACACUCACCUAAUCAUGUGUGUAUUGGAGAGUAUUUACUUUGUGCAGUUUGAAAUCAUUCUAUCCUCUUGAUGAGAUGACAUGAUAUUGUAGGUACACCAAAGCAUGGAGGACGUGGAGGAUGGUUUUGUCUGUGAUACACACCCACCAUCAUUCUUUGAAGACACAAAUUCCCGUUUAUAGACAAUCAAAGGGUUGUUUUGUCAUUGUUGCAAUUCACCAAACCUUACGUGUUCAGCUCGUAUUGGCAAUAUUGAUGCUGCUAUUCGUUUGCUCCGUGAGAUGCGUUCAUUGAAAUACAAGACUGUUGAAUGACAGAGCUAUGUAUGGGUCAUAUCAUGAGUACUCAUAUGUCCUCAUUUUUCAGUCAGGUUUUGAAAUGUCAGUCGAUGUCUGUACAGUUGGUCAUUUUGCACUUAUGAAGACAUAGUUAUGCAAUUGUGACAUUUCACUAUUUAUGUGACACUUUAACUUACAUUUGAGUGGAAUCAGAAUUAAAUGUUGCACAACAGCAACUAAGGCAACUUUCCUUUUAAAAACAGUGACUUUCAUAUAUGCUGACUACACAGGCCAUAAUAGAAGUCUAGGAUUACUUUUUGCAGCACAGAAUUGUCAACGCUCAUGAUUUAAUGUAUUGACAUUGCAUGUUACACGGUUAAAAUGCAAUUUAGAUAAAGAUUAAAGCAUGCUGUUAAAAUUCUAAUAAUUUAAAAUGUACAUUUAGGAGGUAAAUAUGAGUUAAACAUUGUAUUAUUUAUUUCAAUUCACUCAAUAACAUACUGUAGUGUGUUGCUGUUGUUGAAGUGCUUUUUAAAAGGUAAUGAAAGAAGUAGAUUAAAUUAUUUAAAUUGCCAUCUUCAUCAAAAUGAAGUCGAUUAUACUAACCCUUUUGUUUGUCUUUUGUUAUUUAUUAUUAUCAUGAAUGUGUGUGUGAGCUGGGAUAUUCCCAUGGGGUGGCAGGGUGGCAACACAGUUCUAAUGAUCUCAUUGGAAUGCCUGCACUACAAAAUAAAUGUUCGGUGUGCACAUUUACUGUAUCUGUUAUAUGUUCCACUGUAUAAGUAACAGACAUUGGCAUGGAACAGUUGCUCGCAAGACUUUAUAAUCCAUCUUUCUUGUUGACAUGGUAUCGAAUAAGAUAUAUUUGGAUGUACGAUAUAACUACAGAAAAAAACCUCAACAUAAUUAUUGUCAAGCCUGCAGAACUUCACUCAUCAAAAACCAUUUGCCAAAAAAGCACAGUGAAGCAUUUAAGUUCUCCAUAGUUCUUGAAAUGUCCAUUAGUACUGUGCUGGGACAAAUAUAUUUUGUAUGAAGCCCAGUCAACUGUGAAUCAUAAUCCAGUGGUGUCUUGUGAUACAAGUUUAAUUCAUUCUGUGACCAUGCU